GGAACUAUCGCCACUGAAACGUACACCUUCAGUGGAUAAUAUAUUUGUUACAGAUAGUAUAGAAGAAACUGUCAUAAUGUCCACUGAAUCUGAAUCUACUGAUAUAAAUGUUAUUGCUCAUGGUGAUCAGAUAAUACAAAUUAUAACAGAUUAUGAAUGUGUAACAUGUCGUCGAGUCUUUCAGUCCCAGGAUAUGUUGAAGGAACAUUUAGACAUAUGCAGAGAAGAAGAUGACUCUAUGAAUAUGAUAGAACUCAGGUAUAUAGAGAAUGAGUCGGAUGAUGAUGGUAGGGAUGAUAAUUCAGAACAUGUUGAUGACGUCAAUCAUGAAGAUUCUAAUUCUAACAAUGCGAAAACUAAUCACAAACCAACAAUUAUGCCUGUACCUGAGUCUCAGUGUCAUUGCUGUGCAGAAGAUAUAGCUACUGCACACAGCGGGGGUGAACAUAAGUGUGUGGAAUGUGGCCUAUCAUUUAAGAAAAAAUCAUCUUUAGAUAGACACAUUGUAGUAGUUCACUGGUACUAUGAUACUUCUCUCUGUAACGAAUGCGGAGAAACAUUUAAUAGUAAGAACGCAUUAAAUAAACAUCGUUACACUACCCAUCAGGAUCAAAGGCUUUUUAAAUGCGAGCGUUGCGAUACUUAUUUUUCACGAAGCUACCAUUUAAAUAGACAUAUUAUGCAGUCCGGUUGUCAUGGUAAUAUCCUUACUACAUUUAGUUGUCAAGUUUGUCAAAAAGUUUUCACACGUAAGGAUAAUUUACGCGAACAUUUACGGACACAUGCUGGAAACGUUCAAAGGCCUAAGAAACGUUGUAAAUACUGCCCUAAGGAAUUUCCCACUAGCCAUCAAUUACUGGUUCAUGAACGUGUGCACACAGGAGAGCGACCACUUCAAUGCGAUCUAUGCCCAAAAACGUUUAUGUCAACUCUAGCAUUGAAAAAGCACAGGCGCGUGCAUACGGGAGAAAAACCAUUUGAAUGUCAACAUUGUAAGAAGAAAUUUGCUGCCCGUGAAACCUUGAAUCGUCACGAGAGAACCCAUACCGGAAAUAAACCUCAUGUCUGCCAGUAUUGUGAAAAGUCAUUUAUUCAAGCGGCGCAAUUGAGGGCACACAUAUUUCAUCAUACUGGGGAAAAUGGUUUCUAUUGCGAUGUAUGUGGAAAAGUGUUCAAUCGCAAGGCUCGUUUGAACGUUCAUAAGAAGUUCGUUCACGAAGGCGCGACUCCGUUCGCGUGUGAAGUGUGCAAAAAGAGAUUCAUAAGAAGAGAAGAUCUCGUUAAACACUCCUUACUCCAUACGGGCAUUAAACCAUUCAAAUGCGACAAAUGUGAAAAACCUUUCUCCACCAAAUCUUCUUUGCAAGCUCAUUUGAACACACACAGAAGAGAACCACCGCAGUCCUGUGUUGAAUGCAACAGAGUGUUCAUUCGGCAAGAUUGUUUGAUGAGGCACAUAAAGGCAAAGCAUCGUGAAUUGUUAGAAGAUGUUAUGAACGAGGUGGAAAAGAAACAUUUACAAACGCAACUGUAUAAUAUUGCAACGCUUGCUGCAGAAAAGACGAAAAAGGGUGAAUCCAGUAAGCUCUGUACCGACGAUUUAUUGAAAGCUAUCUCAGAUUUGUUAAAAAUAUUGAUCGAUGACGAUACUCUUCAGCUAUUUGGUUGGCCUGAAGCGCCUAUUCAAGAUAUCCUAGAGGCCGUGAUUAGAAGGUGUGGACAUUCGCCGUUAACGUCAGAUAGCAAUUUACUCUUUACUGAACGGCUAAGAGAAAACGUGAAACUUCUGUUCACCGUUGUUAUAGAGGACGAUACAGUGAAGUCUCUCUUAACAACGAAAACCGUAGAUGAUGUCAUUCUACACGUUCUAGAACUUUCAAGAGAAUACACACCAAGUACGUAGUUAUGAAAAGAACAGGCAAAAAAAAGUUACUUUUUUUUGUAGUUUUCAAUCGAGCAAAAGAAAUUUAAAUGUUUUUCAAGAAGG